AUGCCGGCGCUCUCGUCUGGCCCGGACCCCAAUGAUGCCCUCGGGUUCAACGCCACAGGAACAGGCGGAGGAGGUGGAGGUGGAGGAGUUGCAGCAGCUCCUCCAGGACUUGGAAUCAGCGGUUUCGACCAGGAAUUGAACUUUGACGAUUCUAUAUUAGAUCAUGUCAGCGGAGGGUUGUCCAACUUCCCUUUCACGCCGUCGUACGACCUCGAUACUUUCACAACCACCUUCGAGGACCCCUUCAACUAUUCCAGGCCCUACGAGGCCGCCCCCGAUCCCGUAUCCUUCCACGACGAGGAGUCAUCGCCCCAGCAGCUUGAUGAUAAGCUGCUCAGCUUCUCCGCGCCGCUGCUCAAAGCGACACCCCUUGAUGAUGCCACCGGUGCCUACUCAGACGUCAACAUGACCGCCGAGCUGCACGGUAUGUUCUUCGUUGCUGAAGAUGUAUUCGGCGAUGAGAACACCGGGCCGCGACCCAUGGAGCUCACUUGUUACCGGCGCAACUUAUGGCAAUGCUCGGGCCAGGUCACGCUGCCGCGACAUUGCACACAGGCAAUCAACGAGCAAGGACGUGCGAUACCCAUAGUGGAAUUCUAUGCUUCCAUCACAGCUUCCGAGUCGAUUGACAACAAGUUAACCGAGAUCAUCUCCAUCCCCUGGAAGAGCAGCAAUACUGCCCUCGGUGAGGGACAAGAGACCAAGACUGCUGGCGCCCCGCCAAAGGUGGCACUCGAUCUCAGCGGUGGCCAGGAGGUAGACGGCCAUUGCGUGAGUUUCCCAGUGUCCUGGAAGCGCCUUCAAUUUAAGUCAGCGACAGCGAACAACGGCCGCCGCAAGGGACUCCAGCAACACUACGUUGUGCAGAUCAAUCUUCUGGGCAAGAUGAAGACAGGCGGUGAUUUGAUGAAGAUUGCGGAAAUCCGAAGCGGUCCAGUCAUCGUGCGUGGCCGUAGUCCACGAAACUUCGACAGCAGGAAAGAUGUGCAGCUGUCUGGGGAGAAGAAGCCAGCUCAUCUCGAAAAAGCGCGGACCUAUAGUGAGGUCUCUACGAUGAAGCAGGAGCGGACGGAUCCACCUCCGAGCUUGCAUCGAUAUAGUUCUUCGGGAUCCUCGUUCUCAAAUGAUUGGAACAAUGGUGGGUCCCUACCCUACAACAAUGGCUACCAGGCUGCCCAACAGCAACAGCACCAACCUCAGAAGAGGAUGGCACUAUCCCCAAAUCCAAACAGGCCGCCCGUUCCAGCAUGGAACUCCGAAUCCUCGAUAAACAAGGUCUCAAGCCUCUCGGGCCCGCCAAAAAGCGCGUCAGUCCCAUCUAUCCCCAUCAAUCUCUCGCUUUCCGAAGACGAACGCAGCCCACACGAUCGAUCCAACUCAGAUUCACUACAAAGCCCACUACUAAACAGGUCAAGUAUCGGUGGAGGACUUGCAAGCCCCACGGAAGAGGCAGAGGAACUGUACGAAUACUUCCCUCUGAGCGUCGAUGACUGGACUCCCCUCGUCGAUACAAUAUAUCGACCUCAUAUUGUACACCACAUAGCGGUUCCUCAGGAAAUCAAGGCGCAAAAAGUCAGGAGCAAAGCCAAGAGAUAUUUCUCGGCUGAAUAG